AUGGCAUCUUGUGUCCAUACCUCCAUAGGUGAUCCAGACAGACGCAGAACCAAGAUGUAUAAGUUGGCGGUGAUGGGCACCUGUUGUGUGGGCAAGACUGCACUGACCAUUCAGUUUACUAAGGAUCAUUUUAUGACCGAAUAUAAACCCAGCAUCCAACAUUUCUCCCGUAAGCACACAGUAGUGGACGAAGAGUCGUGCCAGCUGGACAUUGUGGAUUCCACAGGCAAUGCAGAGCUUUACCUUCUGAGGAACCAUGCCAUACGCUGGGGAGAGGGCUUCCUCUUUAUUUAUGCAGUGAAUGAUUUCUACUCUUUUCAGAAUGUGCAUGACUUCUGGGAUCAUCUGCAGAGUCUCAAGGGCACUGACCGUGUACCCGUGGUGUUGGUGGCCAACAAAGUAGACGUGACCGACAGGCUGGUGAACCCCACACAGGGCCAGGAGGUGGCCAGGAGCUUCGGGGUCCCUUAUGUGGAGACCUCAGCCAAGACUGGACAAGGUGUGGAGCAAGCCUUCCAUGAAUUAGUUCGUGAAAUCCGUAAGCUGCAAGCUGAAGAGGAGGUCAAGAGUCUCCCUAAUACAGAGCAGAGGGAGGCCUGUGGGCUCAACUGUUGCACAAUCCAGUGAGCAGAUACAUCCUUACCCUGAUCCUGCCCCCUAAUUCCCCUCUCACCUGGCCAGGAAUACUUCCAAAUCCUCUACCCACUCCCCAGCCUUCAAGACCUUCAUCUGGACCCUUCCUUCUGCCUGCUCUUUACUGCCAAGCCCUUUGGGACUUUAUCAGCAUUU